AGAGAAGAACCUUAAUUUAUAGAAAAACCCAAAGAAUCCCCAUUGAAACAACCGGGACGGUUUGAAAUAUUUUCUGUCUCUCUGCAAUAUAACAAGAAAACGAGAAACAUGGUAAGAGCUUGGUACAUGAACGACGACGAUACCAGCGAUCAAAGAACGGAGCAUCAAAAAAGUCCGCCAGAGUUCAUUUCGAUAGAAAAUUUGCUCGAAAACACGGGAGUUGAAUACUUCAAAUUAAACGUCGAGCUAGACCUAGGCCCAGACGGAGCGCUAGAGAAAAUUUGUAAAGAUAGAGGCUAUAGUUAUGAAGACGAGAUUGUUUGCUCUAAAGAAUGUCUACGGAAUUACGAGGAAAAGUUAAAAAUGUUUUAUGUUGAACAUCUGCAUACAGAUGAAGAGAUCCGAUUGGUCAUUGAAGGCUCGGGUUAUUUUGACGUCAGAACCGAAGAUGAUAAGUGGGUUAGGGUGGAAGUGGUCCCGGGGGAUUUAUUAGUUCUCCCUGCUGGAAUUUAUCACAGAUUCACGCUUGAUACAAAGAAUUACAUAAGAGCGAAGAGAUUCUUUGUGGGCGAGCCCGUGUGGACUGCGUAUAAUCGUCCUGCGGACCAUCUACCAGCCAGGCAGCGCUAUUUGGAGUAUUUAAAACCUGGAAUUAGAACAGCUGAGAAUUUUUUUAUCUAAAUGUAUUUUUUAC